AUGCUUAGUUGGAGAUCAGAUUCAGGCUGCAGUGGGUUCGUGGAGCCAGAGAUUGGAUGCACCUGCAUAGAACUGUUGUGCACGGAAGGGUUUUUGUCGGACCCUGACGUCCCUGGGUGCAAACGUUUGGCGUGCACCAAGAUCCCAGAGACAUUCAUGACUGAGAAGUACAAAGAACUUCCAAGUCUUCCAGGAACGCAGUUCAUUCCUUGCUUCUCUGUCGGCUAUGUGAAGGGCUGGAAACGUGCAGUGAUUGCGUUCAACAUGUAG